AUUUCAUGAUAACAAGGGCAGUGUUUCAUUGGCCAAAUGAAUCUCUCUUCCUUACCAAAUCCGAAUUGAAAAAGAAUACUACAUCAUAAAAAGAGAGAAAAGAGAGAAGGAAGAAGAAACCUACCAACUCAAAAUCACCAAUCUUUGCUUAUAAGUUAUACCCCAAAGCACCCCAACUGCAACAACUCUGCCCCUUUGCCCCCCUCCUGUCUUCCCUCCAUAACAGAUGACUUGGAUUCCUUGUGAUUCAAGAAUGAUGAUGGAAAUCAUUGAAAUGGGAAGAUUAGAUUAUUCUUGUUAUCAGACAAUCUCAAGCUUUCUCACUCUCAGUACUCCUCUACUCACCCCUUAAUCAUUCUGUCAUUACACCCCACAACCCAUAUAAGCCUCUAAACCAAAGCCAGCAAAAAUAACUGACAUAACUGUAUAAUACCCAUUUCAAAAACAAAAAACCCACCAGAAAGUUCUCAACUUUGGUUGCAGAACAAUGAUCCCUUCAUCUCCUUCCAAGAUACUAAUUGGGAUCCCAUUGGACCCAGAUGAAAGCAAUGAGCUUCUCUCUUGGGCUAUCAGGGUUCUUGCCAGCCCUUGUGACACCAUUGUUGCCAUCCAUGUUGUUGUUGAUGAUGAGCAGCCAAAGAAGAAGAAGACUAAGAAGGGGAGUAGUGGUAGUAAGAGGGUGCAGUCCCGGGUUCGACAAGCGAAAGCUCAUGUGAUUUCUGUGCUUGGAGAGUAUGCUUGGAGCUGCCAGUCCAAGCAGAUAAACUUGGAGGCAAGAGUUGGAUUCAGCUCCAGUGUUGGAGCUGGCCUGGUUCAUGAGUCGAACUCCAUGUCAACUGACUACCUUGUUCUUCCUGGCUUGAGAAGCAGGUCCAACAGGACUUGGCAUGAGGUCAUCAAGUAUUGUUUUGAGCAUGCUGCUGAGGGAUGCUCAGUCAUCUCAAUUGGGAAGUCUCAACAGCCAAAUCUCAACUCUGCACUCCUCAAAGAAGUUCAUCAAUCAAGCUCAGAGUGGUUGAGGAAGGCAAAUGAUGACAGCAGCAGUCUUGGUUCCCCAGCCAGUGAAGAACAUGAUAAGGAAAAUCUCACCAGGAGACAGAAAGAUUCUCCUAGGACUGUUUUGGAAGGGGAAUCAUCCUCACCAUCAUCUUCAUCUCACAGCAGUAAUGAAGAUGAGGUUUCAAGCAUCUCCGGUUCAACAGUUACAAUGGGAAUAGCAGAAUCUCCUUCCAAGUUGAUUCACAGCUCAAAAUCCAUAAGGCAAAUGAUGUCUCCUUAUAAGGCCAUCAGCUCAUUCUUGACUUCAUCUUUCAGAAGAAGAAGAAGUCAAAGCUUCUCUGGAAAACCUAAGCUAGUACUGCAACAUCAAGAUCAGCAUCAGCAGCCUUUGCUCAAGUGCUUUACCUACGAGGAUAUCGCACGAGCUACCAGCUAUUUCCAUCCAGGGAAUCUAGUAGGAGUAGGAGGGUACUCAGAAGUGUAUAGAGGAGAUCUUCCUAGUGGAACAACCAUUGCAGUGAAAAGGCUGGCUAAGGACAACACAGAUGCUAGAAAGGAGAAAGAGUUCCUCACAGAAUUGGGGAUUAUAGGCCAUAUCUGCCAUCCCAAUACAGCAACUCUAGUUGGCUGCUGCAUUGAAAAUGGGCUCUACCUCAUCUUCAGCUUCUCGCAGAAUGGGAAUUUGGCCUCAGCAUUGCAUGAUUUUAUGUUAGGCAAAACAGAAGAGGUGCUUGAAUGGGAAACAAGGUACAGAAUAGCUCUUGGAGUUGCAAGAGGACUGCAUUACUUACACAAAUGCUGCAAGCAUCGCAUAAUCCACCGCGACAUCAAGGCCUCCAACGUUCUCCUUGGACCCGACUAUGAGCCUCAGAUCACUGAUUUUGGGCUGGCCAAAUGGCUUCCAAACAAGUGGACACACCAUGCUGUGAUCCCAAUUGAGGGAACAUUUGGUUACUUAGCUCCAGAGUACUUCAUGCAUGGGAUUGUGGAUGAGAAGACAGAUGUCUACUCCUUUGGAGUUCUGCUGCUGGAGAUCAUCUCAGGGAGAAGGCCUGUUGAUUCUUCAAUGCAGAACCUUCUAUUGUGGGCAAAGCCACUGAUGGAAGCUGGGAAUGUAGCUGAACUGGCUGACCCAAAACUGGAAGGCAAGUAUGAAGCAGACCAAAUGUACAGAGUUGUGCUAACAGCUUCAUACUGUGUCAGACAAUCUGCAGCAUGGCGCCCUUCGAUGAGCGAGGUUUUGGAGCUUUUGACCACUUGCCAACAAGAUUCUGAAAUUGGCAAGAGCCGGAGAAUACCAAAGUUUACAUCUGAUGAAUUGGAUGAUUUCUCCAUGGUUUAUGGGUAUGAUGUCCCUCUAGAGAUUGACUUGGAGGAGUAUUUGUAAGCAUAAACAAAAAAAAGAAACAUUCAGCUUUCAGAAAAUUUUGUAGUUUUCUUAUAACUUAUGCACACAUGCAUUGACUUAGGGGUGAACCACGAUCUAAUCCGCUCUGAACUGAACCAUGUCGAGUUCACAUUUGGAUCGAAUUUGACAGGAGUAUUACUCCAUCUAGACCUUUUCAGGCCAUAUUCCAUUGGAUCUUCUUAGAAACAAAGGAAGAGAGGACACAAAACUGAGAUUUGAGUUUAAUCAAAUCAGAUAGAGUACGAUUUUGUACGAUUCUAUAUCGUUGUAGUUCAAUUUUGGAUCGAGUCGGGCCAUGGCUAGCCCUACAUAGACUGUAUUCAUACUUGGAGCACAACAUUUGUAUCAUUGAUUGAAUUUAAUGAAAGUACAAGGAAGGGAGGGAGCUACUAGU